AGAGGACUAAGGCACAGUAUACACUUCAUCACAAUGAACACCGUACAAGUCUUUGUCGUUUUCGCAGCACUCUUCUGCUCACAGGUAUUGUGCAAAGAAUGCAACAACUAUGAUGAGUGCGUUAAGGACAUCAAACACUCGAAAUUGAUCGCCGAGGACAUCUUUAUCAGCGAAUUCAAUAAGACUUUGCAGUUGAGAUUUGCUCUCAAGGAUAACGUUAACAAUUUGCUUAGGGAAGCGUCGAACGGACCGAAUGGGUGCGUCGUUAAUGUUAACAAUCACGUUGAGAACAUUCUUGAAGCAUGCGGCACCCUCGAAUACACAGUAGACUCCGAUAUUGCCGAGGAAAUCCUUUCGUUCCCUGAAGAAUAUUUGGAAAGCAGCACCGAAGAGGAAAGACAGAAGUACUGUAAGGCCAUCGUUCCUGUCAUCAACGAUUACUGCAAAAUCAACGAAAACAACAAGAAGGCUUUGGAACAAUGUAACAUUGAAGAAAAAUUCGAUGAAUUGUACCGUCAACCUUGGUUGGCUUGUGUCUAUUCUGCUCAAUAAGCAUUUUUUAUGAUACUGUAGUUAGAGAAAAUUAACUAAUUAAAAUAGAGUUUUAAAUUACAAAUUUA